UUAAUGAUCGAAUGUGACAGUAAAUACAUAAUGUUAUUGUUACAUACAGGAUUAAUGAUCUCGACAAGGAUGUUCUAAAAGAGAUAAAAAAAGAGACUUUUUAAGAUGCAUUAAAGAGAGUUCUUUUUAAAAUUUUUGUUUUUUCUACAAAGAGAGAAAAAUAUCGCGACUUUUUAAUAGCAAUAAAUUAAAUGAUGAAGGUGACGAAGAAAUCUCAAAUCUUCGCGAAGCGAUUCAUGCAACAUCGAGAGAUGACUGACAGUCUUUGAAGACGCGGAUAAAAAUCGUCUUCGUGAUAUUCCUGGAACGAGAGCGACGAUGUUAAAUUUUUAGAAUGCGAAACGAGAAAAAAUGCGAAUAAAGAAGCUAAGCGGUGCUAAAAUCUGGCUUCUGCUGCUCGUGUUGGUAGUUCAAGAUGGCAGAUGUAUAAAAUGGCUCGGUCUCGGUCGCACCGGCGAUACGCAGGAUAUGUGGACCAGAGAGGCGUGCACCAGCGCGAAGAGUGCAGGUCUACUAGAAAGAAAGCAAGCGAGAGCCUGCAGGGCUACGCCAGACGUGAUGCCCAGUUUAGUGCAAGCCGCCAAAGAUACGUCUAUAGUAUGCCAACAGGCGUUCCGACAUCGCAGAUGGAAUUGUAGUAGCAUCGAACGCGCGCCUGACUACACGCCCGAAUUGCUUACAGGAACAAGGGAGCAAGCCUUUGUCUACGCGAUGUCGGCUGCUGCUGCAGUUUGGCGACUUGCACGAGGAUGCGCUUUAGGAAGCCUCGCGGCUUGUUCCUGCGCGACUCCGCCACGAAGAGAGCCGCCUUCACCUUCCGCGCUUAUGUCGCCUUCAUCUUUCACCACCAUGUCAGUCUCCUUUGACACGUUGUCUGUAAGGAAUUCUUUUAAAUGGGGCGGCUGCGGAGACGACGUGAGAUCCGCCUCGAGGAUGGCGAAGCGAUUCCUUCAGGGCGCGACGCCGCUCGGUACCGGCGCAACCGUCAAGUUCAUGCACGCUGUUAAUAUGCAUAACAACAGGGCGGGUCGAAGGGCGGUCGAGCAAUCCUUGACUCUGGAGUGCAAGUGCCACGGGGUGUCGGGAUCCUGCAGCGUGCGUACCUGCUGGCGCGGUCUGGGCGCAUCGGGACCAUCCGCCGCCGGAAGUCGUUUGCUUCGCAGAUACGCUACCGCGGCUGAAGUCAGACCGAGAUCCGGCGGCAGACUACCGCCUUUAUAUCAUCACGAUAAUCUGCUGUACACCACCAAGAGUCCGGACUACUGUCUGCCGGAUAAGAAGAGGGGCAGCCUCGGCACGAUCGGCAGGCAAUGUAAUGGCAGCAGUUCUGGUUAUGAAGGCUGCGAAUACCUUUGCUGCGGACGUGGUCACGUUACCAGGACCGAGAACAUCCUCGAGAGAUGCGACUGCAAGUAUAUCAGUUGUUGUUACGUGAGGUGCAAGACGUGCAGGCGGGUCAUACAAACGUACGAGUGUAAUUAAAGAUACGACGCGGAUACGGGACAAUUAUUAUAUACGAGCGCAAUGAAUGCAGCCUUAAUUCGCUCGAAGAAGAGGAAAUGCCGAAGAAUUAACGAUGGAGUUAGAUCCACAUGCGCGCGCGUCACAUAUAACGCUCUAUUCGAUUUAUAAACUAUAUAAAUUAAGACCAAAUUAAUUCUACGAGAGAUGCGCGCGGAUGUGAAAGUUGCAUCUCGAGGAAGAUUCGCGCAUUCGGCGACGAGUGAAAACCUGAUCGCGCGCGGAUAAGAAAAACGCAACGCUAAUUAUUUAGACGAUAAAUUAUUUAUCGUGAAUAUAUAACUCAUGACAGUACCUAAUAGAGGAGUUAUUUAUACUAUGCUAUAUAUUUGCUAUUUAUUCAAUGUAUGUGCGUGUGCAUGCGUAUGGGUAUAUGUGUGUGUGUGUGUGUGUGUGUGUGUGUGUAUAUGCAUAUCGUGGAAAUCCUAUGUUUGUCCGCACCGUGAGUGAUGAUAAUCCGUUUGCCUCUCGAUAAUCGCGGAAUUAAUGUAAAUUGCAUCACGGAAUCGUCGUAGAUAUUUUGUGACUUAAGCGUAGAUCAGAGCAAUGUACAUAAAAUGCUCGAAUUCAAUGUAACCUAUUACAUUCUGCAAUAUAUCUUACUUAGAAAUGGCAUCUUAUUCAAUCGUUUCCUGCCAAGCAAAAAUAACUUACACGGAUGGAAUUUACAAUUUGAUACUAUUUAAUUAAAUAUACGACAAGAUCCAAUUUUCACAGUGGAAAUUUAUGCGUGAAUAUAAAUGAUUCAACGGAACACUCAAAUUUGAUUUAUCGCCAAAAAUAAUUUUGUAUGAAAUAUUUUUCAAUAUCACGUCAGUUUAAAUCCUUGUCUCUUUAUAUGAUUACUAGGAAAGUAGUUUGUCAGAUGGAAUGACAAAAUCAUCUGUAUUGUAUUGUAUUAAAUAUGCAUCACGUCAGUCGGAAUGCGUGUGGAUUAUACAAUAAACAUAACGAUAUCUGUUCACGAGUUUGACCAAAUUUAAACAUUUCAUAAAUAUUUAAGAUCAUUAUUAUAAGAGACAAUAAUCAAAAAACUUUGAUUAAUAUUGUACAAUUUCGAGAUUUGCUUUUUACUCUACAUUUUUUCUAUUGUAUAAAUCAGCAAAU